AUGCGCGUCCUCGAGCUCGCCACGAUGACAUCGGCACGAUCCAGAACGUCGGAAGACGAGAGAAAGUGUCGGACGAACCGACCGUCGACCGAGGCCUUUUGCUUCCGGGACGAGACUGCGCCUCCGGCAGGCGCGUCGCCGACGGAACGCCUCGGAAUGCAACGUCGGUUCCGUACGGCGUUCGCGUCGGUGACCGCGACGGAAGCGUGGCACGUCGGAACGACCGUGCACGGAUCCUUCGAAGAAAGCAUGAAAACUACGUCCGAUUCCGAAUUUCGUGCCGACCAAUCUGGCGCCGAACCACUCGGAAACGGUCGAGAGGGAUCCGGCGAACGAGGUGGUCGCGACAUGUCCGUCCCGUCCCUCAUCACUCGCUCGCCGAAAUUCUCACGUGGCCACCGAAGGCCGUCUCGAGUGGAGUGGCGAGAGGAGGGCGAAGGGAUGAGGGAAGGGGAUGUCGUCUCUGUUCCCGAGGAGGAAGAGAGUCACAAUCGCCAACUCCAUUCGGGGAUGAAAACCGAACUGAUACUACGGGUGUUCGAAGCGGGAAGCGGGGAGUGGCGGCUGGGGUUUCGGAGGAGGCACCCUGCCUCCGUCUGCAUCCUCAAGUGGCUGGCUUACCUGGGCGCCGCGGUCCUCGUCCUGGCGUUCAUCGUGGACACGAAGAUCACCAUGGUCGCCCUCGCGUCCAGACCGAUUCCACCCUUCGGCUCCAUGGGAAAGCCAUUUCCGUGUCGUCGGCAAAAUUGCCGAUUUCACUCGCCCUCCUCCGUCUCGAUCGUGAAACGAGUGCGGUCGUCUGCCCUCUCCAUCGAGGACUCCCUCGGUCCCCCCGCGAACUCCGACGUUCACCGGUCGUGGGGCAACGUCAUGGAUGAUGCGCACGCGAAAGGGCGUGCCAUGGAUGCCUCUCCUAAUACGUGGUUCCGUCGAGUGGCUCACGACGGAGGACGGUUCCAGGUCCUACGGGGCGAAUCCAUCGCGUUCCGAAUCACUCGUGUACGAGUGCUCGUGGGAGACAUCAACUGGGAGGCGAAGAUGAAGGAGACCCACCCGGAGACGAAACUGGACGACAAGGGCCACUACGGGAUCCUCCUCGACGCCGUCCCCGCCUCGAUGCCCACGCCGCCCACCCCCGACGACGUGACGUGGGUGAGCUCGUGCCCCGUGGAGCGGCUGCAUCGCGUCGCCGCCAUCGUCGCCGCCUGGCAGGGUCCCGUAUCCUUGGUGGUGUUCCUCUCCACCCCGGCCAACGCGAACGCCACCCUCCGGAUCAUCGGAUGCAUGCGAAAGAGCGACAAGAGGAUCGCCCGGAACGUGGCGUUCCACCUGGUGUUUCCCGUCCGGCGGACGACGGACGAGCCGGACCUGCCGGACGGGCUCCGGGACCCGUCGUGUCGGAACGUCUUGGACGCCCUGCCGAAGGCGAAGGCGAAAAAGAAACCGUUCGGGCCGCAAUGGGACGUGGAGUAUCCGUACGCCCUCAUGAGGAACGCGGGUCGGACGGCGGCGAAGACAAAGUUCGUGUUGGAGAUCGACGUGGAAUUCCUUCCGAAUCCGGGCCUCAGGGCCGGCUUCCUUCGGUUCGCGAGGGGGAAUCGACUCUUUUCGCCCGAGAAGGAUGAGAUCUCGUACGUGGUGCCUGCGUUCGAGAAGCGAGUGGGAACCCCGAUGCCGGCAGACAAGGCGGAAUUGAUGAAACUCUGGAAGGAGGGAAAAAUACGACCGUUCAACGACCGCGUUUCCAGCUUGCAACAGAAGGGGACUUGGUACAAGCGAUGGAGGAGGCUGCCGCCAUCAGACGAGAUCUCCGCCGCAUUCCAAGCCAACUGGCACUACAUGUACGAGCCUUUCGUGAUCUGGAGGAACUCGGCCCCUCGCUACGACGAACGCUUCCGACAGUACGGCUGGGACCGCGCGAACCACGUGAAGACCCGAUCCCUUCCUUCGACUCGCUCGAGUCGUCACCAAUUAAAAAAAUUGUCGAUUCCGUUCCAGAUGUGUUCGGCGCACGUGGCAGGCUUCGACCUGUUCGUCCUGGACAACGCCUUCGUGAUCCACGACGGAUUCCGCGGAGAAGAUUCCGCGUCGCGCGAACGGAUGCGGGAAGAACUGAAGAGGAAGACCCUCGUGAAUCUGGCCAUCCGGGCGGAAGAGCCCGAGAAGUACCACUCCGAGCGGAGAAGUUGCGGCUCCAGAUUUCUGUACUUCCUCGAGUUUCUCUACGUGGCCUGGGCCACCUUGCCGUGA